UUACAAGCCAAAUUUUUAUUGAGUUACGAACAAUUCAUAAUUUACUCUGAAAAUGUUACGGCAAAAUGCAAUGCUGAUAUCAUUCUAACGCAGGAGUUAAUAUCAGAUGUUACUCUAUUCAAUAGACUAAACAAACAGAGCUGGAUUGAUUUUAUUUUACAAAGUUAUAAAGUUUUUGUAAUGGAUAGCUGUUUUUUCGAUUGUGUUUGCGUUAGUUCGCAACCACGAGAUGUCGUAAAAGUUAUUAUUGAUUGGUUUAAUGAAAAUAUUUCACACCAACAUGCUACUUUGCGAGGAAAAGAUAAACCAGUAAAAACCAUAACAAACAUAACUACUGAUCUUUCGGACGGUGUUGCAUUUAUAUCAGUUAUUUUGACAUUCUGUCCAUUCAUGGCUAAUCAUUUUACACUGUUUUGUGAGAUAAAUAAUGCCGAUUCUAAUAGUUGCAUUAUUAAUAACGCAUGUCUUGUUAUUGAAGCCUUGAACCUUCUGAGACUUUAUUUUCCAAUAAGUACUAAAGAUUUCUUACAGCCCAAUUAUUUACUCAUGUUAUUUUUGUCAAUUCACUUAUAUGUUACGUUACCCAUGUUCACGCCUAGAGAUACUGUAAAAUUUUAUCCCCCUCUUCACAGAAGCUCUACUCGACAAGUUGCUAUAAAUCCCUCAAGUCAGGAAUCAUUAAUUUUCAAUCAUAUUAUCCUUCAGAAUACAAAGAAUAAUUUUACCGUUGAAAAGGCAUCUCCACCUGAUAAUGGUAAAAAAAUGUUUCUCAGCGUGAAAUAUAAUGCUAAUUUUACGGAAAAAGAAACAGCUAUUCUUCUUGUGCAUGGCUAUAAUAAAACAAGAAUAUUUGACACUUACAUAGUAUUUAUACUACAUGGCUACAUAGGUUUAUUGAACCCAAUUAGGAAGUGUAAAGUCACAGGUCCCUUGUAUCGGCCGAACAGAGUAGAUGUUCUGGUAGCUUCACCUUUUGCCGUAACGGCAACGUUUAAACUAUAUCUAACUGAUAUUGAACCUACAAUUCCAAUUGAGUACAAGGAGGAAGUCAAACCAAGGUUCUUUAUACGACGCCUAAAUCUUAUAGACAAAGAGAUUUCUCUCACAGGAAUGCCUAAAGAGAGUGGACAGGAAGUGCAAGAACAUAAAUUGUAUUUUCAAAUUAUAUGUUUAAGUACUCAACUUGGCAACUCGUGGGUUUGGUUUAAAAGUGAAAUUGGCGAAUUUUAUAUUAAAAUAACCACUCAAGCACGGUGGGAUUUAGCAAUUGACACCUUACAAGCUAAAGUAAGAACCUGGCCCAUGGACCCAUGCAGCUGUGGCGAGGCCUGUGAAUGUUAUAGAACAACAGUUUUAACGAUCCCACAUAAAAAUGAAUUAAUGCUAAAAUCACUACGUUAUUCAUUACUCGAACACGCCUCGGAAACUAUGAUGCAAGUUUAUGACCAACUAAUAGAGACGGCUACUGGUAAAAUAAUUUUGAGUAUGUUACUUAGUGAAGGCGGAACAAAUAUAUCAGAUGUGCAACACAUAUUACGCAGUGAAAGCUCAUAUAGAAUCACAUCCCGCGCUCUGUUACCGCGUUUGGAUCGUGUCACUUUAUUGCAACACACAAACGCUAUCCUCAUACUACCAAUAACAAUUCCAGCCCAAGAUAAGUCGGAAAAAUACUCAGUUACUCUUACUUCCGACUGCGGUAUGGACAUCCGCACAUACAGAAUACUUUUCAUUGAGUCGUCACCAAGUGAAUAAUUGUUUUUAUAUAAAGCGUAGAUAACAUUCACAGAAAAAUUCAAGCUAUGUAUAAACAAUAGUGCGUAUCUCCAUUGUUUGCAUUAUACCUUCUAUGUGUAUUGCGUGUUUAAUUUUUAUAUCUACUUAUACCUAGCUAUGAAGUUAUUAAAAAUUAAAACGAGCAGACAUGGACCUAGGUAACGGAAGAGAUUACUGAGGUUUUCACUAUACAUAUAAUAUCGAUACUCAUACUGAUAUCACAGUAUUACAAUAUUAUUUCCUAUUGAUAUCCU